AUGAGACACACCAAUUUGCUCUUCACAGCUGUCAAGAAUACCUACCAGAAGCAAGAAUCUGGUUCCUCAGGUCCAAGCGACAUGAGCAACAGGUACCACAGAAUCGGCUCCUGCUCCAGCAGUCAUCGUGAAGCUAUGCUGCUCGACGCAACUACAAACGGCAACAACAUGCCUAACAUCGGCCUCGCCAAGCGCAUCCCUACAAUCACACUCAACGAUGAUGAGGUACCCCUCGUAUCAUUCGACUCAGCAAAUUCAGACCCUUUCAUCGACCCACCAGACACGGCAGAUUCAAACCCUUUCGUCGACCCACCAGACAGUGUCCCAGCGUUGGAUCUCAGCACCCUCAAGUCAAACCCAGCAGCCCUCAGGACGGCCAUGGAUACCCAAGCUCAAGGACAACCGUGUUUGCAAGCUGAAUCUGACCAACACCAUCCCUUCCGUGUGAUCAUAGUUGGAGGUGGUCCCAACGGCCUGGCCCUGGCCCACGCCCUCCACCAAGCAGGCAUAGACUACACCCUCCUCGACGGCUCGCCAAUCACUCCCAUCCCAAACAACAAUGACCAAGACGGCACCAGCCUCGUCCUCUGGCCCCACUCUGCCCGAAUCCUCGACCAGCUGGGCCUGCUGCGCCGGGUACAGAGGCUCUCCUGCCCCAUACGCACCAGACAAACCCACCGCGCAGAUGGUACCCCGUGCCCCCCCUCGGACGACAACGCCUUGGCCCGCUCGCGGCACGACCACGGCCGCCCCUGCAUGCUGAUCAGCCGCGCCGCGCUUCUGAACCUGCUAUGGGAGGCGCUCCCCGAGCGGGCGGCACAUGUGCGCACGGGAAAGGAGGUGGUCGACGUCGAGACGCACGCGGCGGGCGUGCGGGUCACGUGUACGGACGGGAGCGUCGAGGAGGGGUCCGUCGUGGUUGCGUGCGAUGGGGUGCACGGCGAGGUGCGGCAGCUUGUGAGGUAUCUGCGGGCGGAGAAGAAGAGGCAGGCGAGGAGGAGGCUCAGCCUUGGACCCGGCGGUGGUUCCGACAGGGACGGCAAGGCGGACAGGGUCGUGGAGGCAAGGUACUACGGCCUGGUGGGCUCGGCGCCGUUGCUGGAUGGACUUGAGCCUGGUGUGUGCUAUGAGACACACGGCGAUGCCACGGGCAAGACGUUUCAGGUUCUUGCGGGCCAGGACACAGCAUACUUCCUCGUCUACAUCCCGCUGCGCAGGCCAACACGCCAGCGAACGAUAUACCCAGCCCAGAACGCCGAGUACCUCGCCAGCGCGCUGGCCCAGCACCCGAUCACGGACAAGAUCAAGUUCGGCGAUCUAUGGCGAGCUCGACGAUCCGGAAAGAUGGUAGACUUCCACGAGGGCAUCGCGGAGAAAUGGUACCACGAGCGGGUGGUCCUGGUGGGAGACGCCGCGCACACCAUGACGCCGUCCCUAGGCCUCGGGGUCAACACAGGUUUCCAGGGCGUGGCAGAGCUGACCAACGGGCUGCGGCGGCUUCUCCGUUCUCAGCUCAGCGGCACCGAGGGGGGCGGCGGCCAGGUCCCGGACACGGCCAGCAUCAAGAGGGUGUUCAAGGCGUACCAGAACGAUUGCGACAGCAUGGCCAGGAGCGCGAUGCUGGUCUCGUCCUUCUACAACCGGGCCAUUGCCCACCGGAGCCACCGGACCCCGCGGGAUAAUUUUUACGGAUUGGCUACGCCGGCCGUCGCGGAUGUCGCGCUGCUGGAGAGGCAGGUUGGGUGGGCGGUCAGGCUGGGCAUCACCCUGGACUUUGUGGAGGAGAAGCACUUCAAGGAGGGCAGGAUGAAGUGGGCCAACGCACGACGCAGGGUCGACACUGCCUCUGCCGAGGAGGAGGAGGAGCGACGGACUGUGUUCGUGUACCCAGGCAUCCCGAUGCGUGUCCGUGCUACCUGA